AUUAUUGAUAUGCACUAAUCGGUUCUCGAAUGCUAGUUCGAACGUCAUCACAAAAGUUAAAUAAUAGGAGUAUGCGUUAAUAAAUUAUGCUAAAACAAGAGACCUUUUUGUGUCGGAUGCCAAUAUUAAUUUCAUAAAGACCAUCUAAAUGAUUUAAAAUUUUUUGAUGAUCUGAAUGAUUGGGUCUUACAGAAUUCUCAACCUGCAGCUGAUCUUACAACAUAUCUAAAUGAAUUAAUUGAGCUAGUUAAAUCGAUAUCUUAAUUGAUAGAAGCUACAUAAUAAGCAAAUCAACAUUCUAAUUUUAAUCAAAUGAGUUAUACAAACUUAGAAAAUAGUAUAAAUAAUUUAAUGAAUUUAUGGAGUUGUCAAAAAAGUGUUCUUCAACUUUUAUAAGGAAUGCUUUCGAUUAAGAUUAAAAAUUAAAUUAAACAAUUAUGUACAUUUUAAUUUUCUCAAUAAAGUAAUUAUAAUCUUAUGUUUAGUAAUAGUUAAAAAUAUCUAAAUUAACCCUCAAUAAAUAUAAUAAUAUCAAAAUGUAACUAUAAAAUAGACUCAAAGAUAAAACACAUAAGGUUUUAAUGUUCUAGAAUACUAGAAUGCUUAACAAUCAUUAGAAUAAAUACCAAUUAAUUAAGCUAAACCAUUUCGAGGUAUAAUUAAUCUUAUAAAAUAAAGAACCUUGUCGAGUAUAAAAUAAUUUUCAGAAUGGCUAAUAUUACAAGAACUAAUAGAAUUUCCCAAAUAGGUCAAUAAGCCCACGUAGAAAUGAUGUCCAAAAUGUAAUACAAAUUCCAUAAUAAAUUAAUAAUUAAAAUAAGAAAACAAGAUAUUGA